UGACGCGGCUCCGGGCGACCCACAGGAGGAGCGAGGCAAGGAGAGAGGAGCAGAGGAGCAUGUGGGGAGUGAAGUCAGCCAUUACAGUGAAGCCGAGAGCAACAGGGGUGACUAGAAGAACACACUCGAGCAGGAACCAUUGCCUGUAAGAGGGAUGAAGAACUACUGAAGGCACCAGCGCGCCACUCACCAGCCAAGGCGCCCCUGCACGAUGGCGGCGACCAGCAAGGUGCCGGGGAAGGCCGAGGACACCGCCAGCACCACAUCCUGAGGCGUGGUGCCGCUGUGCCCCGUGACGAAGGCCUCGUGGGCGGCACGUACUGACCCCAUGGCCGGCGUAGGUGGCUGAGGGUGGCGGGAAGCUGAGGACAUGGGCAGAAGAACAUAAGGCUCAACACAGCACUGGACUCCUGAGUGAAAUGGGAGACCUGUUCGGGAGAUUCUCAAGGGCGCGAGGCAGAAGUACUGACGAGGGAGGAGGCGGCGAAGGAAGAGGAGGAGGAGGAGGAGGAGGAGAAGGAGAAAGAGAUCGGUCUGAAUCACCAGAAAUUGAUAGAUUUGUUGAAAGUCUCUUCUUUACAAUGGUUCACCCGGAAAAGAAGAGAAGAGGAGGGAGAGAAGAGGAGGAGGAGAAGGAUGAGGAGGAUAUCUUUGUCUCCCCUCCUCCUACGCCUCCCCGGGGGCUCUCUAACUCCCCCAGGAGACGCCAAGGACGCUCCCCAGUCCCCACGGUGUCAGCAUCAUUACCUAACACUGCUAAUCCUUAUACCUCCCCUCUCCCACCGUCCACCUCACCUGCUUACCUCACAACGCCACCUUUUUCUCCUCCGCAAAGUGACUCCACGCCUCUUCCCUCCCCCCACCACUGCGUCUGUCUCCUCGCCUCGUCCUCCUCCUCUCCUCCCUACCCAGAGAGUCUCAUUAGCACAGUCCAUCUCCUUUGACUCUCCUUUACCACCAAAUGUACCUUCUACCAAUCGUUCGCGCCCUUCUUUGCCUCGCUCCCUCCCUGUCAAAAGGCCGCCCUCCGCCUCCUCGCCGCAGAAGUUCUCCAUCCUCUCCGUCGCGAACCUGAAGGAGGCGCUGAAGGAUGAUUUAGGGAAGAGAAGGAACAAGAAUGGGGUGAUGGUGGAAACUCAAGACUCCAUCUCACCUUCAGUUUCACCUCAGAAGAAGCGACAGGAGGAGCGGAAAUGGAUUUCUCAGACGGGCAUGUCAGCGCCGGCGUCAAGAAAGGGGUCAGGCUCAGGGGAAAGUCUCUACCAUGAGCUGACGGACAUCAUUACGAGGACUCAGGAGAACCCCAAGGGCCUCACCACAUACGACCACAUCGCCAGGACCCUCUUUCAGUUAGCCCGUAAUGGCGACAGUGUGCAGCUCCAGGCGGCUUUGUCACGCCUCGGGGAGCAAGGGCGGCGACGCAUCAACCACUUCGACAAGGAUAAGCUCACGCCCCUGCACUACGCCGCCCGCUAUGCCCACGCCGAUACGGUCAAGACGCUGAUACAUGCUGGCGCCAGGGUCAAUAUACAGGGGCAGGAUGACCUUACUCCUCUCCACCUGGCGGCAAGGUAUCGCAAGCAGAUCAAGCCAAACAAGAAGCUGUCCCCUUGCCCGCCCGCGCCCGAGGAGGAGGUAGAGGAACAGCAGGAGGAAGAGGAGGAGGAGGAAGAGGAGCAGGAGGAGCAACAGCAGCAAGAGGAAGAGGAGGCAGCAGAGGAAGGCAAUGAGGAGGAACAAGAAGAUAAAGAGGUCGUAGAGGCGAAUGGCUUGCUGGAAUAUGAAGAAAAUGCCAAGAACUCGGUACAAGGCUUCCAAUCGAGUCUGGAGGCUUUAUCAAAGGACUCGGUGAUCAGAAUAUUGGUGGAGUGUGGCGCUAAGGUCAAUGCCUUGGAUGUGUAUGGCCAGACACCCCUCCACUAUGCAGCCAUGAGAGGCAAUGACCCAGCUGCCAAGGACCUCAUUGCCUGCCCUGAAGUGAUACUGGAGGCCAAAGACAAGCAGCUGAUGACUCCGCUGUUUGUCGCCGCCACGUUUGGUAACUUCACAAUCUGCAAGGCUCUCAUUGAUGCAGGGGCAAGCUUCUUCUGUAAGGACGAAUCAGAGCAGAUGGCCCUUCACCGCGCUUCAAUGGAAGGGCACCUGGAUAUCGUCGAGUUACUCCUGAGCUCAGCGACGAAGCUCGGAGGUGCCAGCAUGGUGGAGAAGCUUGUGUUGGACCAAGACGAUGAGGGACAGACCUGCCUGCACCACGCUGUCAACAAUGGACACUAUGAGAUAGCCAAGCGCCUCAUACUGGCUGGGGCAAACGUCAACACGGUGCGGGACUCCCUCACCACACCCCUGCAUGCUGCCGCUUCCAUCGGCCACACGGAGCUUAUUAAACUCCUGCUGGCGAACCACGCUCGUCUGGAAUGCAUAGACAGCUACCAACAGACGCCCCUUCACAAGGCUGCCAUCUAUGACCAGCCAGCUGCCAUCACCACCCUCCUGGAAGCUGGUGCCAAGAUAGAGAGGAGAGACAAGGACUCCUUCACCCCACUGCUGCUGGCGGCAAGUGGGGGGCAUGCAGAUGCUCUUCAGACACUGCUAGACAACGAUGCCGACAUAGAGGCUGUGGACAAGGACGACAAGACUGCUGUGUUCUGGUGUGCUGAGCAAGGGAACUGUGAGGCGCUGGAAGUCCUCUUGAAUGACCCUCGCUGUGCAGACCUGGUGGAUGAGAGUGACCGCUACGAUAACUCCCCCCUGCAUGAGGCAGCACGGCGGGGGUACUACAACAUCAUUGACAAGCUGCUGGCGGCUGGCUCUCGCAUCGACAACAAGAAUGAGGACGAGGAGACAGCCCUCCACGUGGCAGCUGAAGCAGGACAGGUCAAGGUGGUGCGGGAGCUGAUGAAGCACUACCGCUACCUGGUCAAGGAUGAGAACGAAAACUCGGACACCCCACUACACUUGGCCUGUCUCCAGGGACACACAGAUGUGGUGCGGGUGCUGCUGGAGGCUGGGGCAGAUGUGGACGCCAGGAACUCCUCCCUGUGGACGCCCCUGGACUGUGCCUCAGCCAAGGGACAUGUCUUCUGUGUCCACGAGCUGCUAGAUUAUGACUCGCCUAUUGAUCCCAUUGACAAGACCAAGACAACCCCGCUGCAGCUGGCUGCCAAGGAGGGCCACGUGGCGGUCACCAGGCUGUUGUUGGAGCGUGGGGCUUCCCUCCAGGCCUGUGACACAUCGGGGAGGAAUGCGCUGGAGCUGGCCAUUGCUGCAGGGAAGAAGGAUGUGUGCAUGGCCAUCGUGAAGUCAUCGGAUUGGGAGAUGGCUCUGAAGAACGUGAGGACAGACUACAAGGGACGCCGAGUGACCCCCUUCAGGAUGCUCAUCAAGAAGUUCCCUGACGUGGCGGAGGCUGUGCUCAAUAGGUGCACAAAAUCAAACGGAAUGGACUCGGAUGAUGAACGAUACGCAAUGCUCUUCAAAUUCGAUCUGGUGGACGACAACUACAUCAUGUCCAGCAACGGCUCUGACACAGACUCCAUCGCCUCCAUCAGCAGCAUGGAGACGCCCUACGAUGAGGACGGCAGGGUGCUGGAAGACGCCAGACUGUACACCUCAGAUUUCAGGGACCUCAAGAAAAACCACCCACUCAUGUUGAUGGUGAAGUAUAAACGCCUGAAUCUUCUCAACCAUCCUGUGUCCAUUUCGUUGGUGAAGCACAAGUGGAUGAGCUAUGGAAGAUUUGUGUACUACUCAACCCUGAUCUUCUACAGCAUCUUCCUCACCUUCCUCACUGGCUACGUUCUCACUGCCAAGGACUGGGCGUGGGUGGAGGAGCAGCUCGCCGAUGUGCCCAAUGGUGACAUCCUUGCCCAGGAGGCUGUGGCAUCUGGCUCCUGUGAGGACAUCAAGGACAAGGUUGAUCUGACGAGCCAUGGAUUUGUUGUGGCUGGGAAGUGGGUUAUCAUUGUCAUGGCUGCUAUUAAUAUCCUGCGAGAGAUAUUUCAGAUCUACCAGGCACGGCUUAACUACAUCGGCCUGGAGAAUCUGAUGGAGUGGUGCUGCUAUAUCACUGCCUUCCUCCUUGUGUGGGACUUCACUAACUGUUCAGUCCGAGAGAAGUGGCAGUGGCAGGUUGGGACGGCCUCCAUCUUCCUGGCAUGGAUGAACCUGCUGCUGUUCAUCCGCAAGCUUCCAUUCCUGGGCAUCUAUGUGGUUAUGUUCACUGACGUGUUCGCCACCUUCCUCCGCUUCUUGACGGUCUUCUUGCUCUUCCUCAUCGCGUUUGGCCUCUGCUUCUUCAUGGUGUUAAGGAACCAGCUUCCCUUUGGCUCCCUGCCCCGGUCUCUGCUCAAGACAGGUGUGAUGACUAUCGGAGAGUUCGAAUACGACUCUGUAUUUAAUGACAGCACCCAGACCCUUCCAUACCCCGAGGUGACGUACAUAGUGUUUGUGACGUUCCUGGCCCUCAUGUCAAUCCUCAUCAUGAACCUGCUGGUGGGUCUGGCUGUGGACGACAUUAAGGCUGUGCAGGACCAAGCCAUCCUUAAAAGACUGGCCAUGCAGACCCAGCUGGUUCUUGACGUGGAGGUCUUCAUUCCCGACGCCCUGCGGAGAAUGUACACCACAUCCAAGAAGGAGGUGCAUCCCAACGCCCGCCACGGCAUCCUGUCUAAGAAAUUUGGGGACUUCCAGGUGCUGAAGAGCUUUGAGGUGGUGUCUGAUGGGGAGAUGAGUGAGCAGGAGUCAAUGAGGCAGGACCUAACGCAGCUGAAGACCACGGUAGAGGCCCUGCGCUCCCAGAACCAGCGCCUUCACUCCCUCCUGGUGGUGCUCACGUCCAUGGCCAAGGGUGACAGCAGCAGCACUAAGGAGACUGACUUGGCCAAACUCAUGUGGUGAAAGAUAUGCAGCAUCUCUCAUGUCUAAAGGAUGUGAGAGUUGUGGGUCAUCUUACUUGACUUGAUAGGUCCCAGUGACAAGUGGCCCAACUCUGGCAACAAGGUACAACACUCAGAUAUUUUCAUACAGUCACAGUUUCACGGAGUUUGUAAGUAUGUGCAUCAAGUAGGCAGCUUUGUAGAGGCUGGUAGAAUAGCAUCAUGGUUGGGUUAAGUACUACUAGUCUCAGUGUAGAACCAUUGACAAAUUGACGGUACAUACGCUCAUAUUCUACUCCUGGUCACUACACUAACCUGACCUUGCCAUACAAUUAUCAUCCCGCUGGGCCACAAGACAAAACAGACUCUAGAUGAAAUAAACUCAGGUACCUCUAGCUCUCCCUUGCCUUGCCUUGCCACACUAAUCAAGUCCAUCUCUCUUAUUGACAGGAAAUUAACAUACAUGAACUAAGAAAUAUUUUAUCUUUAACUGCAUAAUCACAUGCUGCAGACACACACACACACACACACACACACACACACACACACACACACACACACACACACACACACACACACACACACACACACACACACACACACACACACACACACACACAGGCACCUCACUUACAACAUAAACUAGCAACUGGACUGAAAAAAGGAGAAAUAAAGUUAGACUUAUUUUUUAUUGACUGAACAAACUGACGCUCAGAUAGUAUAUUAGAACAAACACACACACACACACACACACACACACACACACACACAAUGGUAAUUUCCUCCAGACAGUUCUCAGGUCAGCUCAUCUAUGCAAAUCUGAGUGUAGUUUCUGAUCCCCCAUGUGAAGAAAAAAGUCCUUAACAUUAUCUUCCAUUUAUGAAGGGUUAGGAUGGAUAUAUUUUCUAGUACGGAUAUAUACAUAAUCCAAAUGUGUAUUAUUAGUCAGCCCCCGCAAUUCAUGUUGAUAUUUCAAAUUUUAAUCUAAGCAUUGUUAACAUUAGCAGCACAGUUAUGAGUAUAAAUAUAAAGUUUAGUAUAUAUAUAUAUAAAGCAUAAUAUAAUAACUUUGUCUUGCUCUUUCUCUCUCUCUUUGUCUGUCUUUCCCUCUGUCUCUCUCUAUCUCACCUUUGUCUUGCUUUAUCUCUCUCAGUCUGUCUCUGUAUCUCUCUGUAUUUACACCUUGUCCUGCUCUAUCCUUCUGUCUGUCUGUCCCUCUGUCUCCACCUUUGUCUCUUCCUCUGUCACUUAUCAGCCAAAUAUUACUGUAAAGAGAUGCCAACUUAAGCACCUCUGUACUCAUAAGCCAGACAACUCCUGUAGAUUACUUCCUAUUAUUAACACCUGUGCUUCCUCUAGUAGUGUUUACCCAGCCAAGCAUCAGCUAAAUAUUAUAUAGUCUAGGUUUUGUAGGGAACCCUUUGGUGUCAUUGCAGUUUUGGGCAGUACGUGUAAACAUUCUCAGAUCCGAACGUAUAAUCUGAGGAGUGUUUGUUAUUCUUCCUGGCCGAAUGUUGAGUGAGGUUGUAAGAUGCCAGGUGUGUAGCAGGCAUGUAGCAUUUAUCAAGGGCAGUGUUAUUUACUGAGGGUUUUGUGUGUAGCGCUGAUGUGUCGUGUGUUGCGCCACUGUACAAUUCUGGAGAUGAAGGAACUUAGGUGCUUUGUAUGUUAAGUCUGUAUGGUUUGUGUUUUCUUAUUAUUUUAUGGAUCUAUGGUAGGAUAUUUGGUGCAUUAAUUAGAUGUUUAAGAUUGUGAGGAUUUGUGUACUUAGGAAUGAGUUUAUGUGAAAAUUUAUGUGUAACUUUAAGAAUACCAUUACGAGUUGAUGUAAUUUGCAUUUCAUCUUCAUUUUGAAUCUAUAGAGAAAGAAAAUUGAGGAUUACUUAGAAACAUAUUUAAAAAUGAGACAUUUGACACCUAUAGGAAUGAGGUCAUACAAAUAUUUUAGCUGCAUGCAAGUUUAUGAAAUUAAAGAAUAGCCUUGUAGCAUCUCAUAGGUUACCAAGUUCCGAUAUUGUGUCUUAGAAUAUGCCCAUGUAUCCUUAACAUUGCUGCCUCACCCCCUCUGUGCUGACUGGAGCUAUUAAGGACGCUAAAGAUAAUAUCGUACCUUGGAUAUCAUAAUUAUGACUCUGUGCUUCAAACCUCCAUGUCAGGGGUGCAGAUCCAGCCAGUGCCUCUCAUGAGUGUUUAAUUAUCCCUCAUUGAGAUCAGUUAGUGCUUCUUUGAUGGUCUAAAAGAGGCAUGAUUCCUCACAGAACCUCACAGAACUCUUCUCAAGCUCAUCAUGUCAGUCUCUUCCCUGUUUUUGUAGAGGUGACCAUCCCAGCCUCAUUCCUCUGUUGUCAUCUCAUCCCCUCCUCCAUUCCUGAGCUACUCAAGUGUAUUUCCUCUGACAUUGUAAACCUCACAAACUCUUUUCAAGCUUGUCAUGUCAGAGUCUCUACCCUGUUCUUAUAGAGGUGACCAUCCGAGCCUCAUUCCUCCUUGUUGUCGUUUAACUCCCUCCUUCCUUCAUCUCUCUAUGCCCAAGUGUAAUUCCUCAAACUCUUUUCAAGCUCAUCAUGUCAGAAUCCAUACCUUCUUUUUAAUUGAGGCGACCAUCCCAGCUUCAUUUCUCCCUGUCGUCAUUUAACUGCCUACUCCCUUCAUCCCUCAGUGCCCAAGUGUACUUCUUUGUGAUUUAACUUUUAUAUCUGAACAAAUUGUGAAUUCAAGUACAAUCCAACCAUCCAAAGCUUUCAGAAUAAGGUGAUAGGGAAUUGUUUAUCUAAUGUAGGGGUAAGCAUUCACGAUCUUAGCCACAAAGGGUGAGGGUUAUAUAAUGCACAUGGCAACUAUUUUAGCACUUAAGUUGGAUAAGAUGACAAUGACAACUGUGUACUUAUAAAUGCCUUAAGUGUAGAUUCCUAAAAAGACGCACUCAACUGAAUCAUACGCUUACAGUUGCCAUACGUAAACAUUCCUGCAAAUACGCACAAUUUUUGAAGGGAAUGAAGAUGAUAACAAGUGCAGCAUAUGUACAUAUAGAUCCCAUAAGUGUAGAUUCCUAAAAAUACGCACAACUUUUAAGGCAGUGGAGAUGAUGGUAAGUGAAUCACAUACUUACGAUUCCUAUAAGUACACACAAUUCGUAAGACUGAAGGAAAGCAUUAGUGGUAGAAUUUUUUUAUAGGUAUUUCAGUGACUAAGUGUAUGUAAAGAGUAACAAUCACAAUUAAUCCUACCACUCCAAUGAAUAUUUUUGCUCAGACCAAAGAGGAGGUUGCACUAUUUACAGCUAAGCCAGGAAACAAGUAGAGACAAGUAGAGACACAUAGAGACAAGUAGAUGUUGUGAAUAGAAAGGUUGUACAUGCAUUCAGUUGUAGAUCUGUAGAAACUAAUAUGACUGGAGGAUCUCAGACAUGCUGUAGACAAGUGACAUUUAGAAUAAGUAUGCAGCGUACUCUAAUAGAUCUGAGGAGGUGGAAGAUUCAUGCUAAGGUGACUGAAAGUUCUUGAUAUCUUAACUUAUGUGAGUGGUCCUAAGAAUGUGGAUAUUAUUAACAUGGUGUAGAAUAGACAUGACCAACAUCUCUGACUUGAAAUAACCAUAGUAACAUUAAGAUUAAUUAUAGUAGCAAUAUAGAAAAGACAUAACCAACAGUGGCUUGGAAUAAUAAUGAUAAUAGCUUGGUGUAGAUUAAUAGAGUCACUGACUGAUGAGAUAAAACCUUAAACUGAGGCUCUUGCAGUGUGACUUUCAGAAUAGUAAUAGUAAUAACAGUAUAGAAAAGGCAUAACCAACAGUGACUUGGAAUAAUAAUAAUAUCUUGGCAUAGAUUUAUAGAUUUACUGAGGAGGGAAAAUAUUAAACUCAAGCAACUCAGAACUCUUGAAGACAUGACAUCUUGGCGUGAACUUAAGGAAGAAAAUAUAUAAUAACAAUAUAUAUACUAAUAACAAUGAGGAAAAAUAGAUUUAACCAACACCAGCGACAGAAUAACAUAGCAUACAUUUAAUAAACACACUGAAUAGAGAAAUACAAACUAGAUGAUCUUAAUGACACAGUACAUAUGAUAAUAACAAUGUGGAAUAAAGACUUGACCAACACCAGUGACUCAGAAUAACAUGGUGGUGAUUAACAGAUGCACCAAGGAGAGAAUUACAAGCAGGAUCUCGUAAUGACAAUAUUCUCAAGUCACUUUUAAGAGUUCACUGUGACUUUGUGUAGCCUUAUGUAAGUGGCCUCAAAUACUUAAAUACUUCAAUCAGGGCAGAGAACCAGCCAUUUUAUCCCUUGUGGUGUCAGCCCUUUCUCUCCAUUGCAGCUGACCACACUUCUUGCUCCACUUAUAAUAUACUUAAGUACUUAUAAGAUCCCAGUACAGCAUUUUUUAUUUUUCCAUUUAUUAUUAUUGUAAUCAUCUCUCGUUUACUUUUAAGGUCGUUUGCUAUCGUUAUUUUAAACAGAUACUGUUAUUAAUUUUACGUACUUUUAUACGCCCACUCAUGUACAACUAUUAUAAUUAUCGGCAUUUCAUUUCAUUAAGUGCAGUAUGUGCCAAAUGUGCCGUACUCAGAUGUAAUAGUACAGUACAUAUAUUUAGGGAAGCAUGUGGCCAGGUGUGCUAUGCCUAAGCUCCUGCAGGGGUAGUUCACAAGACUGUCCCUCCCCACCAGGCGCCGACAUGGCUGAGAGUGUGAAUGACGUGUGAGCAUGAGUGUGUGGUGCUCUUGUCUGGGCCGUCCUGUGUGGGAUUGCUGGCCUUGUAGAUAGAUAGAUAGAUAUACAUAUAUUUAAGGACAAAAGAUGAGACUAUUGAGUGGGGGAAAGGUGGUUAUGAAUCUCAGGCUUAAGUGAUAGGGUUAGAUGUAAUGUAGACAAGAUCCUUAGGGUUAGUACUCAGGGACCAUGUUAGGUUUGUUUUGCCUGGCCUCUUAAGAACCUCUAGUGGAAGUUAUUAGGGUUUUCAAGGGUUUUUCAUGAUUUUAGUGAUGUUUAACAAGCUGUAGUUGAAGAUAUAAUUAUUUUUUAGGUAUUUUUUUCAUAUUUGGGAUAGUUUAACAGACUCUAGGGCAAGUUACUGGGGUUUUCAAGUGUUUUUCGUGAUUUUAGUGAUGUUUAACAGGCUGUAGUUGAAGUUAUUAUUUUUUAAGGUAUUUUUUUUCGAUUUUGGGAUAGUUUAGCAGACUCUAGGGCAAGUUGUUAGGGUUUUCAAGUGUUUUCAGAUUGUAGUGACAGUUUAAUAGGUUCUAGCAUUAGAUAUUAAGUAUUUUUUUUAUUUUUCUUUAUUUUAGUGAGUUUAACAGGCCCUAGUGGAAGUUAUUAUUUUUUAUUAUUUUUUUCAUUAUUUUAGUGAAAGUUCAACAGACUCUAGUACAAGUAAUAAGUGUUUUCAUGAUUGUAGUGAUAGUUUAAUAGAUAGAUAUGAAGACAGCAUUAGAUAUACAGGAACUGCCUGCAUAUUAGAUAUGCACAGAUAUACAGGAACUGCCUGCAUAUUAGAUAUGCAUUAGAUGUACACAAACUUCCAUACAUAAACUAUAUGGCUGUUUGUGGCAACUUCUCUUAUAUUCUAAUGUAAGACGUCAUGAUAGAUUUGCUUCAGCCUGGAUUCCGAGCGACCUUUUUUCCACACACGAGUUUUAUCUAAGGUAAGGAAAAGAAUAGAGAUGUCACUUAUUCAAUAGACAUGGAUAUUACUUAUUAUAUUGACCGUGCAAUGAACUCAGUGAAUAAAACCUCUCUUAAGA